AAGUAUUGUUAGCGUUUGUUGUCAGAAUGGGUCUUCUCCAUAGUUGUAUGAGAAAGAGAAGCAACAAAGUUGGCAUUAUGACCGACGAGGAAGAAGAGGCUUACAAGAAAAUAGAAAGAGAGCUGAAAAACGAAGUGCUGGAGGAAACUAUACAGAAAAAGCCCCUCCCGUGGCUGAUGUUUAGCUCUUCAUCGCUAGAAAGCGAGAGGAUGCAUACUAACCCUGCUGAAGGAAACGACAGAAUCUCUGAUGUUGUAAGGAAAAAAGAUGGAAUGGCUUUUAACCUUGACUUAAAGUGUGCUCUUCCAGCUAAACUUCCACCCAUUAAGAUUACAUCUACAAGAAUAGUUCAAGAGGACUAUGAAAAGUGGAAAGAGACAAGAGACAAGAUUUUGAUGGAAAAACUGGAGAAAGCAAAGAUUAGAAGGGAGGCAGUGCUCCAGAAGCGAAAAUUGGCAGCAAAAAGACCAAAGACAGCACAGAGAUUCCCAGAAAGUUGAUUAAUUUGAAGGAUGAAUGAAAUCUACAGUUCAUAAACUACAGAAUUAAAUUGUAUUUUCUCCUUUGAACUGAUGUGUGAGAACAAUCAUUAUAGAGAGUCUAUCUCAUUUUUUUCUAUCAAUUGCAAAUAGAAG